CACCCUCAGCGCCGGGCAAACUACAUCCACCCCACCCUCCGCGGCGGGCAAACUCGCUCACACAGCGACUUAACAGCUGCGCUCCUCUCACAGCGUCCGUAGUGGCAGCGUCGCCUUAUUUUUUUUACGCGUUAAACAAUAAGCUACUUGUACAACUUGUAUCUUAAUAAACUGGCGUUAACAGAAGUAUCAUCGUUUUAGGGGAUUAUUAUCGAAGGACCAAAGCAUACACGGUUUGGUUCGGAACAGUUUACGAGGGGAAACUGGCUUCACCGCCACAGCUGAACGACAUGGAGCUCAACGUUAUCCAGUUUGAAAGCAGACUGUGAAUUAUAUCGCAGCCACCCGGGUGUUAUCGAUCCUGCAGAGGAGGCUGUCGUUUGCACCUGCUCGAAUUCGAGUCAGGAUUCGUGAAGAGACGGGGAAAGAGGGGGCAUUCCCUAGGAACGGACCAGUUCAGGACAUCUAGAGUCCUCGUUGCUGAUAAAUGACAUUUCAGUAGGUAUCAUAACAUUCACUAUUAGAGCUUGCGAAGAAGACCACAGAGAAGUGAAAUACCCACCGACCCACCGUCUCAGAGAAGACCCUUCAGUUCUUGACCCGCUUUACCCGGUAGAACCCACAGGGAGGUUCUUCAUAGCCAUUGUGGAGGACUGACCUUUCCCAGCCAUGCAGCUCUCCCCCAAGAUCCUCCCUUUCUUCUUCCCACUCCUCUUUACCUGUCUUUCGGACUCCUCUAAUGCCAGUUCCCCUGACCUCCACUACUCCAACAGCAGCUGCUCCCAAGGUGACGUCUGCUCCGAGGGCGUGAUCUUACCUGUGUGGAACCCUCAGAACCCCUCCGUGGGGGACAAGGUUGCCCGUGCCAUCGUCUAUUUUGUCGCGUUGGUCUACAUGUUCCUGGGUAUGUCCAUCAUCGCAGACCGCUUCAUGUCCUCCAUCGAGGUCAUCACCUCGCAGGAGAAGGAGAUCACCAUCAAAAGGCCCAACGGCGAGACCACCACGGCAACGGUGCGCAUCUGGAACGAGACCGUCUCCAACCUGACCCUCAUGGCCCUGGGCUCCUCCGCUCCCGAGAUCCUGCUCUCGGUCAUCGAGGUGUGCGGGCACCACUUCGAAGCCGGAGAUCUCGGGCCGAGCACGAUCGUGGGCAGCGCCGCCUUCAACAUGUUCGUCAUCAUCGGCCUCUGCGUGUACGUGGUGCCGGACGGCGAGACGCGCAAGGUCAAGCACCUGCGCGUCUUCUUCGUGACGGCGGCGUGGAGCGUCUUCGCCUACGUCUGGCUCUACAUCAUCCUGUGCGUGCUGUCGCCCGGCGAGGUGGAGGUGUGGGAGGCUGUGCUCACGUUCCUUUUCUUCCCCGUCUGCGUGGUGCAGGCCUGGGUCGCCGACCGACGCCUGCUCUUCUACAAGUAUGCACGCAGGCACUACCGUGCCGACAAGAGCCACGGCAUCGUCGUGGAGACGGAGGCGGGCGAAGACAUGGCCAAGGAGACGGGCUUCACCAAGAUGGACAUGCUGGAGCUGGACGGCAUGGCGGCUCACCUGGACGGCAUGCUGGGGGCCGGCGAGGGUCUUGGCAGGCGGGAUCAGGAGGAGGAGGCCAGGAGAGACAUGGCCAGGACGCUGAAGGAGCUCAAACAGAGACACCCAGACAAAGACAUGGAGCAACUCAUAGAGAUGGCCAACUAUCAGGUGCUGGUCCAGCAGCAGAAAAGCCGCGCCUUCUACCGCAUCCAGGCAACCAGGAUGAUGAUCGGCGCAGGCAACAUCCUGAAAAAGCACGCGGCCGACCAGGCGCGGAAGGUGGUGAGCGGCAGCGAGGCCCGCGAGCAGGAGGACGACCCCUACACCACGCGGCUGGAGUUUGAGCCGGCACUCUACCAGUGCUUCGAGAACUGUGGCACGCUGAAGCUCGCCGUGGGGAGGCACGGCGGAGACCCCGGCUGCACCGUCAAGGUGGACUACCGGACGGAGGAUGGCACUGCCAACGCGGGCUCCGAUUACGAGUUCGCCGAGGGCACGCUGGUCUUCAAGCCUGGAGAGGGGCUCAAGGAGCUGACGGUAGGCAUCAUCGAUGACGACAUCUUCGAGGAGGACGAGUACUUCUAUGUCCACCUGAGCAACCCCCGCAUCGUGGGCUGGGCAGAUGGGCACCCCAUCGCCAUGGACACCGGAGCCCCGACCCCCAAGGCGGCCCUUGGCGAGGCUUCCACCGCCACGGUGACAAUCUACGACGACGACCACGCGGGCAUCUUCACGUUCGAGAGCGAGUCAACUCGCGUGAGCGAGAGCGUGGGCACCAUGCAGGUGAAGGUCCAGCGCACGUCGGGGGCACGUGGCCUAGUAGCGGUGCCAUACCGUACAUUGGAUGGCACGGCCCGUGGCGGCGAGGACUACGAGGAAACAUCCGGAAAACUCGAGUUCCAGAACGAUGAGACCAUGAAGGUCAUUGAAGUAAAGAUUAUUGAUGAUGAAGAGUAUGAGAAAAACAAAACCUUCAUCAUUGAGUUGGGUGAGCCUGUUCUCCUGGAGAUUGGACAGAAACAUGGAGACUCUAAUGAGAACAAGCCUGCAGUGUUAGCAGAGGAGGAGGAGGUGGCUAAGAUGGGGUGUCCCAGUCUGGGAGAGCACAAUAGGCUGGAGGUGGUGAUUGAGGAGUCAUAUGAGUUUAAGAGCACAGUGGAUAAGCUCAUUAAGAAGACCAACCUGGCUCUGGUAGUAGGCAGCAGCAGCUGGAGGGAGCAGUUUGUCAGCGCUGUUACCGUGAGUGCAGGUGAUGAUGACGAGGAGGAGAGUGGAGAGGAGCGUCUGCCCUCCUGCUUUGAUUACAUCAUGCACUUCCUCACGGUAUUCUGGAAGGUUCUCUUCGCCUUUGUGCCACCGACUGAGUAUUGGAAUGGUUGGGCGUGUUUCAUCGUGUCCAUCUUACUGAUUGGGAUCUUAACGGCCGUGACGGGCGAUCUGGCCUCCCACUUUGGCUGCACGGUCGGACUGAAGGAUACCGUCACUGCCGUGGUGUUCGUGGCACUGGGCACCUCUGUACCAGACACGUUUGCCAGUAAGGUCGCCGCCAUCCAGGACCAGUACGCUGACGCCUCCAUUGGGAACGUGACGGGCAGCAACGCCGUGAACGUGUUCCUGGGCAUCGGCGUGGCAUGGACCAUCGCCGCCGUCUACUGGCGCACCAAGGGCAAACCUUUCCUGGUGGCACCAGGCUCGCUGGCUUUCUCCGUCACGCUCUUCACUGCACUGUGCGUGGUGUGUGUCAGCGUGCUCCUGUACCGCCGGCGCCCCUCGGUGGCUGCGGGGGAACUGGGUGGCCCGCGGACUUGCAAGAUGCUGACGUCACUGCUCUUCAUUGUCCUCUGGCUUAUCUAUAUUCUGCUGGCCUCCCUGGAAGCAUACUGCCACAUUCCUGGAUUCUGAGAGGAAGAAAGAAAGCGAGAGAGAGAGAGAGAGAGAGAGAGAGAGAGCGAGAGGGAGAGAGAGAGAGAGAGAGAG